AUGAAAGUGCAUGAUCCGGGAUUAUGCCCGCUAGCUGUGAUUCUGAUUAAAGAAAACAUCUGCCAUGCCAAAUUCUCGGUCAUCUUCUGGACGCUCGACCGGGCCCGUGCUCUGUUUCAAAUAAUGAAAAGAUUCAGGAGCUCUGAGAGACAGCAUCUGGACGAGUCAGAUUCAAAAGAUGAAGAAGACUUUACCAUCCUCGUCAGCCUAGCAAGACCCGUGUCUCCACCACCAAAGCGGGCUGCACCAGUUCCAAGGCCAUCGCCAAAGAAAACUCCUUCGGGAUCGCCACAAGACACAUCACUCAGCCUCGCCGCCAUUGAAGCAGGCGAAGUCACAAUUGCCGACCACCUAGGAAUCAUCUCUGAGAGACUCAAAAGAUGCAUACGCCCUCCAAUUCCUGGGUCAGCCCCUCGUAUUCCAAUAGAUGAAUGGACAGAGCUUUAUCGCCGCAACGCACAUGCCCAAGGUCGUCAUUUUGUCAUUCACCAACACGAUCACCCUGUUGCUGGCCCACACUCUGACUUCAGACUACAAUUUUCAGAAAAUAGCUCUGUCAGUUGGUCUAUUAUGUAUGGAUUGCCUGGAGACCCAAAUAGCGAGAGAUUGAAUCGAAACGCUACUGAGACUCGCGUCCAUUGUUUAUGGAAUCAUCUUCUUGAGACUGCAUCGGACAAAACCGGAUCAAUUAUUAUUUGGGAUACUGGGGAGUAUGAGAUUCUUCCUGUGAAUGGGGAUGAAUCUUCGUCCGAGACUGAUGACUCGCGAUCUGAGUCUGAUCUCGAUGUCAUGAAGGUUGAACAGCGCUCAGACAGCAUGAAGUUACACGAGGCAUUUGAGAGGCGCAAAAUCCGUGUUCGUCUUCAUGGUGCCCGAUUACCAAAGGGAUACACCAUCCUUCUUCGACUAGAUAAGAAGACAGACUUCGUGCGGCCGAUACGCAAAGGCCCCAAACGCCGCAGACGCGACCCGAAAGUGGCGCAGUCAAAACGAGCCCCGUCCACCUCGGAUUCAGGCUCGGAUUCCCAUCUAUCUCCCGAUCAAGUCUCACCUCCGAGAUCAUUCAAGCCCAAUGACAGCACCCACUCCGACGAUGACGUCGACACCACCAUACAGAAAACCAACGCAUACCCCGGCUCACACAACACAAUCGGCUCCAUACAUCAGCGCCGCUGGUAUCUCAGCAUGGAUCGCGAGGCCUCAGGAUUCCAGCCCAUUGGAAGACACGAGAAUCGGGGAAAAAGAAAUGGGCUCGAAGAAAAAGCAAUCAAGGAUCUCUCGGCUUCGAGCCAUUCUACGUGCGCGGGCCGGAUAUCGAACGCAGUGUCGUGA